UUUAACAUCCAAAAUAACACAAAAAUAGCUAAAUUAAAAAACGUUUAAAAAAAAAUUAAAAAAAAUUAAUUAAUCAAUUUCCGAUCCUGACGUUACCGGUGAUUCCACGCAGCAGCGGUAGCAGCAAUGGCAGCCGGGCAGUGAGACACAUGCUACACCUGUCUGUGAGCCCGAAAACAUUCACACCGGAGCCGAGAGAAGACACUUAAGCAAAAUGUCUCGGCACCGAAACGUGCGAGGUUACAACUACGACGAAGAUCUUGACGACGAUGACGUAUAUGGACAGUCUGUGGAUGAUGACUACUGCUGUAUAUCACCAGCAACAGCAAAUCAGUUCAUCUACUCUCGUCAAGAGGGGCAAGCACCAAAGGGGGAUCCUUUAGAAGAGGAAGAAUUUGAGGAAGAUGUACCCAUGUCCCCUACCAUCAGCCACAACCUUGACCCUCUCGACCAAGCCAAGCUGUAUUCCUGUCUGGACCAUAUGCGUACUGUACUGGGAGAUGCAGUGCCAGACUCAGUCCUGACCCAGGCAGCCAUAAGAUGUGGAUUCGACCCACAGAAGGCACUGGAUGCCGUCCUGUCUGAAGACGCCAAGACAGCCCCAGUUACCAAAAUGACCAGUGAAGAGACGGCUUCGAUAGCAAGAGUUGGCCAGGAGAAAGCGCCGCUUCCACAAAGAAUCAAAAAAGAGGCCGUUGCUGAGAAAGGAGCCCGCUUGUCUGCUUCUCACACUGACAUUACAUCCAAUGCACAUAAACCCCAGACCGAUAGGUGCAAACACACACAACCGCGUAUGCAAGCAAGCGUGCCCAACUUGAGUGACCUCUUAUUGCAACAUAAGGCUGACCCUGUGGUUAGCAGCUCGGAAAAUGUUACCCAUCAAAACAGUGGCCCAGGUGUUAGUUGUAGUGCCAGUCUUGCACAGCUCAUGUCUAUGCAUGAGCAGAAGAGUAAGGCGACAGGAGUAGCUGACACAGGGCGAGGUUUGGGUGUCCCCUCAUUGAGUUCCCUCUCCAUGGGACCUAAUUCCUCGCUGUCCAUUAUGCCCAACCAGAAUAGUCUUUCGUUGGGAACGUUGGCGUCUUUAAGCAUGACUUCGGCAUCUCCCACCUCAGUUCCCCCUCUCCUCUCAGUUUCACUCAGUAGUCUGUCGCUAAACAACCCCAAGAUAACAACUGCAAGCUCCUCUCUGGCUAUUCCUCCUGGGUUUGGAAGUCUCAGUUCUGUCUUGUUGUGCAAUCCGCUCUCCGCGGGAGUUGGGAUUUGCGGCAAAGCCACAACGGCUGAUCCUAAGGGAAGCCCAUCAUUGGCUGAUUUAAUGCAGGAACAUUCAAACCGCAGCCCCACCAUCAGUAACUUCUCUAAUGCUCCCCAAAGCAGCACAACUUCUGUGACGUAUCAGGGGAUGGCUGCAUCAGCACAAUCAUUCACGCUGCCUGGGCUCGCUUCACAGCACCAAAACAGGAAUACGCACAUUCAGUCGCAAGCACAAAGCACUGAACAACCAGCAAACACACUCACCUUUUCUAAACCAACAAACAAUACUCCUGCAUGCCUAGCUGGAACCGUCUCAUUGUCUCAGCUAGCCUUGCAGCAUCAAACCAACAGUUCCUUAACACUCCCUCAACCUGUAAGUGUUGAAUCUCCAUCAAAUGCCCUGAAACAACCACCUGGCAUCUCUGAGCUGCUCUCUUUGUCACAAUUGACAUCUGAACGCAAAGGCAAAACCUCAACCACCUCAGAUGGGUCACAGUACUCCCUCACCUCGCUCCUUUUACCAGAGAAACCAGAGAGGGCUGGUGUGUUAGCAGAAAGUACUAAAGAGGGUGGAGCCAAGUGUAAGUUCGACCACAAACCAUACCACCGAAACAUCAGGUCACCUAAGCCGAAGCAGACGAUUGAUUUGAGUGCACUCAUGGCCCAGUCAGAUGGAGCGGGCCUUCGUCCCUUUGACAACGACCUCCUCUCACCGUCCUCUCCCAAUUCAGUUGACGGGGGGCUGGAUUCCUCAGUUUUUGCGAAACCAUCAAUAUUUGCGAUCACUUUGUCGAUUCAGAGCCUCAGGAAACAGAAGAGGAUGAGGAAUAUAUUGAAGGGACAAAUAAGAGGUCAGAAGACAGGAAGUGGUUACCAGGCCUUCCUGUGUAAAUCACAAGAUAGAUCCCAAGAGCAGCACACACCACUCACACCAAUUGUACCCUUCAGCUUCGACGCUCCUUCACCCGACGACAUCGUCCGUGCUAAUCAGCUAAAAGCUUUCACCAGGUAGACAAGUGGAAACCAAUAGCUCUUAAAUCAGCUGCGUCCAGGUUGGGGCGAACUUAACUCACUUUGGACGAGAACCUCAGAUCAUUUUGUGGCCUUUCCUCCACCAACUGAACUAAACUCAAAGAGAUGCAUCACUCAUCAUACAUUUUUUUAAACUUUGUCCCGGAAUCAGUCACGUGGAGUAAAGACACUUUUGGGACCAACAGUAAGACAGACUGAUACUCACUGCUGAAAGAAAGAAACAAGGAAACAAACAAACAAACAAACAAACAAACUGCUAUAAACCGUAUUACUACAGCAUUUAUGUAUUUCUUUUUUAUAGCGGCAUGCAAAAAAAUGUUAAGUUGCUACUACAUACAGAUAAAUGAUGUUUAAGUCAUGCAGAAUAUACAGCUAGGUCUCUCUGGUAGCUUGUAAAUAAUCACAGCUAAGUUUCAAUGACAGUAUUUUAAGAACUUUUAAAAUUAUUUUUUCACAUUUACUGUUGUUAUUUUUUCUACCUUUUUAAAAUUUCAGUCUUAUUUUUCUAUAUUUAGAUGGCCAUUGGCUUUUUAAUUGAGCUUUUUUGUAAAAAGUAAAGUAGUUUAAUCUUAGCCAGGGGAAAUUUAAAGUCUAUCUUUUUUUCCGCAUGGCCUCUUUUCUGGUUUUGAUCUGCCUAAACCCUCAGAACAAAAAAAAGAGGUUGAUUUUGUUUGCAGGUGUGCUGCAGCUAUUGGAAUAUGGAUCAGUUAACCAUUGUUCUGGUUUAUUGCUGCCUGUGUUUGAGAUCAUGGGGUAGACUUUUUGGUUUAGAGGACACCUGGAGAUUUUCCCAUGAGGGUGCGAGAACAAACUCAUGCAAGUGCAUGCCGACACACACACGCGCACAAACACACAUACACACAACCACAGACUUUUAAUGUUUGAUAUUGAAAAAAUGAGUUUACUGUGAAUGCAAGCACUGUGAAUAAAGAUUGCACUGAAUGAGUCAAAAAUGAAUGCUUUGAGACCUGAGCUAAAAGGGGGUUUUCUUGCUCUUACAAGCUUUUAACAUUAGGAUGUAAAAAUUAGUUUGAUUUACAGUGGGUGUGUCAUGACACUCGGCAAGAGCUCAAUUUGUCAAUUUUGAAAUAAAGAUGACUGAAUGUCGUUCUA